AUGGUCGAGAAGAGCCCUCGAAGCCGCUGUGGACGAAUUGUUUUUCGGUGGAAGGCAGGAAAAAAACACACCGAAUUCCCACCGUUGCAGGAGGGGAACGGCGAGGCGGUUGGUGGUGGAGAGGUGAGAAAACGGGAAAGUUGCGUUUCAAGCGAAGAAGAAGGGGUCCUGCGGGCGGCCGAGGGACCGGGGGGGCGCGCUGGAGGGGAGGGAUGGAGGGGCCAGGCCUUGCCUUAUUGCCUGCUGACGAUGGCGCGCGCGAGUGCUAGGACGAGUCCGGACGAGAGGUGCGGCAGGCAGGCGGGCGGGUAG